AUGACCGACGUACAAGAAAAGGAACAACAGGUGACAGUCGAGGAACAAGUCCCUGAAGAAGUUCUUGAAGAAACCUAUCAACUCACUGUGAAAUUGCCUGGAGGAGGCGAAGAUAUCAAGAUCAUUGCCAGUCCUCGUGAAAAUAUCCAGGAUAUCAAGCAAUCUAUCAUGGAAUCUCCUGAUACGUGCGCCAACUCUUGCUUUUAUUUAGCCUAUAAGGGUGCACGAGUGAAUGAUUACCUUGAAUUGGGCGAAAUUGAUGGUAUUACAACCGAGAGCGAGCUCGAGUUGGUUGAAGACAAUUACACUGAACGCGAUGUUAGACUCCACAUCAGUCGUCUCCGCGAUUUGUUGGGUGGUCCCUACAAGCCCAAUCCCUCUACUAUCGGCAUUGAUCCUGCCAUUUCAUUUUUGACCGCUAUUACAGGCGAAAUUGACGAGGAAAUUGUUGCUGAAGCUGACAAGAAGAUUGAUGAUUUGUUCUCUGAUGAACCUAUUCCCGAACAUGCAUUCACCAACGUCAAUAUCGAGGAACGCUCCGAGCUUUCCAAGCUUGUUCCCAGCAACUUUCAAAGAGUGGCCCCUGAAUGUAUCAAGAGCUUGACUCUCUCUGGGUGGAACCCAGUGCCUCACAAACAAAAGCUGAAGGGCGACCUCUUGUAUUUGGCAGUAACCACCUUGGAGAAUGAGAUUAUCCACAUUACUGCUUCCACUAAGGGCUUCUUUGUCAACAACUCAACCAACAACAAGUUUGACCCUGCUCCCAGCUACACCAAGAGAGCCUCUGCUCACUCUCUCAUCACUCUGUUGCAAAAGAUCUCCCCACUCUUCCAAAAGAAGUUUUUGGAGUUGCAAAAUUUCAUCACUCGUCACCACAUGCUGGAAGUGCUCCCCGUCAACACUUACUAUCCCAAUCAUCCUUGGGCUGUGGAGGCACCCCAACACUUGUACGACCCCUCCAGACCUUGCGAAACCUACUUGAAUGCCGGUGCUGAUGCUGUGGAGAGUCUCCGUGAUUGGAACGACGAACUCCAAUCUCACCGUGAGUUGCCAAAGACUGAUUUGCAAGAAAGAGUAUUGCGUGAGCGUUUGAUUACCAAAGUGCAAGCUGAAUUCACUGAGGCUGCUGUCCGUGGCGCUAUGGCCGUUGCUAAUGGCUCUGUCAUUCCUUUGAACCCUCUUGAAGCCGAAGAAUCUCACAUGUACAUUUACAACAACAUCUUCUUCAGUAAGGGAAAUGAUGGUCGUGGCACUUUUGAGCAACUCGGUGCUGAUGAAGCAGCUCACGUUGCUACUAGCAAAGAUCUUGAGGGCGUCAAGAUUCUGAAUAGCAUCGACUCUGAAGGUUUGUACACUUUAGCUAGUGUCAUUGUUGAUUACAAGGGCGAACGUAUCGUUGCUCAAAGCAUCGUUCCUGGUAUUUUCCGUCGCCAAGACGAGAACUCCAUCGUCUAUGGUUCUGUCGACAAUGGUGUUCAAAUCUCUUCUGAUGCUGGCUUCCAUGAGUCCUUGGCCAAGGAUGUUGCCAAGUCGCUUCAUUUAGCUGAACACACCGUCAUUGAUGACAGCAAGACUGAAUCCAAGCUGUACACCUCUCAAGAAACCAAGGGCUUGCUCGGUGCUGACGGCCGUCGCUACAUGCUGGAUCUCUACAGACUGAAUCCUGUCGAUAUUGAGUUUCAGGAGAAGGAAUGUGCUGAAAAUGACGACAAGCCUGCUUAUCCCCACAAGAUGACUCUGUUGAGACCUGAAUUGAUGAGUUUGUUCUGGGAGCACAAGUUUAGACAAUGGGUCAAGGCCAAGACUGACCAAAUCAAGAAGGAAAGAGGUGACGCUAAGCCUGCUGCUGUUGAGGAUAAAAAGGAGGGCGAAACCAAGGCUGCUGAAGCAGAAAAGGCUGUGGCCAACAAGGAAAAUGUCGAGGAACAAGAGGAGGAAGAGGAGAUCAAGAUUGACGUGAAUGAGUUCAAGCUCAACUUCAACACGGAUGUCUUUACUGAUGCCAAGCAGCCCGAAGGCGAGCAGCUCAAGCAAGACGAGCAAGUGAUUCGUGAUGCUUCCAAGUUCUUGGCCGAGGAAAUCGUGCCCAGUAUCGUGCUCGACUUUGCCUCAUACUCCAUCUCUCCCUUGGACGGUGAUGCUCUGACCAAAGCUAUGCAUCGUCGUGGUAUCAACAUGCGUUAUCUCGGUAAGCUUACCGAGUUGAUUGCUAUCAGCAAGGAUAAGCGUAUCGAGCAUGUCCGUCAACUCGCUAUUCAAGAAAUGAUUGUGCGUGCCUGCAAGCGCCUUUUGCGCAAGUACCUCAGCAAGUGUCCUGUUGAACACACCAGCCUCUGUAUCUCUCACUUUUUCAACUGUCUGCUCGGUGCUGGCUUCAAUGCCAAACCUUCUCCUGUCUUGCCUGAAGGUACUAACCGCAAUGACUUUGAAUGGGCCCAAAUUACACCUGCUGGUUUGAAGACACUCGUUGCUCAACAAGUCUUACUUCGCUUCCGUUACAAGUUGGAAGACGACGCUAUUGAAAAGCUCAACUUUAUCCCUACUCUUCGUGAACUCUGUAUCCGUGUUGGUGUCCAAAUCAGCACCAGAAAUUACCGUGCCGAGCCUUACACCGAGGAAGAGCGCGCUGCCAAUCUCGCUGAGGAUGCUGCUUACCAAACAGCCAUCGACCGUAAGAAGCAAGAACAAUCCAGCUCUCGCGGCAAGAAGAAUAAGAAGCAUCAACAAGAUGGUCUCAAGCGUCCUGUUCGUCGCACUACUACUUUUAUUCCUGAGGAUAUCUUAAAUUUGAUGCCCACUGUGAAGCAAGCAUCUUCAAGAAGCAUGUUUGCCGAAGAGACUUUUGAGGCUGGCAAGAUGAGUAUUGCUCAAGGUCACAGACAAUUGGGUCUUGAACUGUUGCUUGAGUCUCUGUCGUUGCAUGAACAAACUUAUGGUUUCUUGCAUCCCGAAACUAGCAAAUGCUAUGCUACUUUGGCUAUGAUCUAUCACCACAGCGAAGACCGCGAAUCUGCCUUGGAUCUCCAACGCAAGGCUGUCAUUUCUGCUGAGAGAACUUGUGGUAUUGAUCACCCUGAAACCAUCCAUCAUUAUUUGAAUCUUGGCUUGUUUGAACAUGCUGCUGGUCGCACCAAGCUUGCUCUUCGUUACAUUCAUCACGCUUUAUACUACUGGGAUCUCCUUGUGGGUCCUGGCCAUCCUGAUUCCUCCACAGCCGAUAACAAUGCUGGUGUUAUGCUCCAAUCUCUCCGUGAUUAUGCUACCAGCACCAAGUUCUUUGAAAGAGCUUGUACCACUACUGAACAAGUGCUGGGUAAGGAGCAUGUCCUUACUGCUACUGGUUACCAUGUCCUUGCUAGAUCAUACACAUUGGAGGGCAACUUCCCCAAGGCCUUGGCAGCUGAGCGUAUUGCAUUUGAUGUGUUUGAAAAGAAGCUCGGACCUGAAGAUGCUAGAACCAAAGACAGUGAUUUGUGGUUGAAGGAAUUGACCACCAACGCUGUGAUUGUUGCCCAGCGUGCUCGUGAAGAAAAGAACAAUGCUGCUUUGAAUAGCACAACCACACCUGUUUCCGUGCCUGAGCCUGCACAACCCAAGCCUCAAGUGGGCGAGCUUCCUAUUGAUCAAGUCCUGCAGUUCAUCAAUGGUGAUUCUUCCAGCAAGAGCAAGAAGGGGGCACAAAAGAAAUCUCAAAAGAAACAACGCAAGUAA